UCUAUCUAUGCCACCUUAUAUUAUUGCAAGGAGGACAACUUAAUUUUAUUACAUAAAAAUGGAUUUUUAAAGAACAGAUGGGUUUAAAACAAACAAGCAAAAGAAACUAAAAACAAUCCACAAACAAGCAAAAGAAACUAAAAACAAUCCACACAGUUCAGUUUAUCAAGCAAGGCAAAUCCCUCUCUUCUACUAAGGCACAUGUUGCAAAAUCAACUUCUAUUUGUCAAGAAAACCCCAGAUGUACAGUGUCACAAAGAGUAGGGCACGACUGAAAAACGACUGAACAACCAUGUCUUCAUGAACUGAUUUGGAGCAUGGAAAACGACAUAUACAGUUAACGAUAAUUUAAAAGGAAGUGACCUGCCAAAAAAAUUAAAAGUAAAUAUGCCAAAAUGAUAAAGAUGUGGAGGGGGAGGAGGCUCAAGAGAUAUGAGUAGACAGCCUCAAUUUCCCACUUUGUGCAUUUGAGAGGGUAGGUUCACACGUGCUGGCCAUUGAUGAAUUUUUCAGGUUUUUUUUUUUUUUUUUUUUUAAUGUAUCAAUCUGUUGUGCCGACUUCUUUCCUCUUUAAGAAAACACUAUUUGAGGUGGAGCGCAGCCUCGUGCCUGGCAGCACCCGCCCAUCCUGUGACGUGGAAGCCGAAGGUCGCUGCCAUGGCGGCCGAAGUGCCUCCUGGCCAGAAUGUGGCGCCCAGGCCACCGUGCUCAACACAGCCCAUCCAGAAGGAUCAGGAGCUGGUGCCGAAGGUGUUGGCGGUGGCGACCCCUCUGGCCAUCUUCCAACAUGUGCGCUACGAGAACAUGGUCGGGGGCGUGAUUGGGGGCAUCCUCUCCAACCUGGUGCUGCACCCCAUGGACCUCGUGAAGAUCCGCUUCGCAGUGAGUGACGGCCUCAGAGUGAGGCCCAAGUACAGAGGCAUCGCCCACUGUCUGCACACGAUUUGGAAACAAGACGGGGUGCGAGGCCUCUACCAAGGACUCACCCCGAACGUGUGGGGGGCCGGUUUAUCUUGGGGACUCUACUUUUUCUUCUAUAAUGCCAUUAAAUCAUAUAAGUCAGAGGGGAAAACAGACCAGCUACAGGCUUCUGAUUAUCUUUUCUCUGCUGCUCAAGCUGGGGCUAUGACGCUGUGUUUUACAAACCCAUUGUGGGUCACCAAGACCCGGCUCAUGUUACAGUAUGACCACAGCCCCGAGGAGAGGAAGUAUGAGGGCAUGAUUGACACUUUGGUCAAGAUCUACAAAUCUGAUGGUGUGCGGGGGUUGUACAGGGGGUUUGUGCCUGGGCUGCUGGGAACAUCCCAUGGAGCCCUUCAGUUCAUGACGUAUGAAAUGCUGAAAAAAAGGUACAAUGAACACAUGGCUAGAAUGCAAGAGGCCCAAUUGAGCACCUUAGAAUAUAUAUCAAUUGCAGCAAUUGCAAAAAUAUUUGCAGUGGCAGCCACAUACCCAUAUCAGGUAGUGAGAGCCCGUCUUCAAGAUCAACACAUCUAUUAUCAGGGUAUACGACAUGUAAUCAGAAGGACAUGGAAGAAAGAAGGCAUUCAAGGAUUUUAUAAAGGAAUUAUCCCUAAUUUGAUUACAGUGACUCCAGCCUGUUGUAUUACUUUUGUAGUUUAUGAAAAUGUCUCCCAAUUUUUAUGUGACUUUAGAGAAGACCCUUUAAAAUGAUAAUGCAAAAAUAUCCAUUAAAGAAGUAACAUAUAGUGCUUGAAAUACAAAACAUGGAAGAAACAGUGA